AUGGAAGCCCAAGAAAACAGACGCGAGAGGGCACAAGAGCCCGACAGGGACGGCGACAGGGACAGCGCCUCCAGAAGCCGGUCUCAGCGCAGGAGCGCCUCAGGCGCGGCGCAAAGCCGGAACGGACGGCGGGGGCGGCCGGAGCGUCUCCCGGGGGAGCCGCGCCUGAGGAGGCGGAAGAGCCCCCUUGACGCGGCCAGCGUGAGCCGCCGCCGCCACCGCCCCUCCUGCUCUCGCCCCGGCCGGCCCGGGCCACUGCCCCUGCCGCGCAGGCGGCGGCAGCGGCUCUGCUCCCCUCGCCGGCGCUCCGCCACCCUCCUUUCCGCUGUUGAGCCUGUCGGCUAG